GCUAUGUAAAUAAGAAUCAGCCGCCGGAAGAUUUAUUGGAAGCAAUAAAAGAUGUGCAUUAUGAUUUGGUAUCGGUGCCCGAUGAAUAUAAAGAGCUUAUUCCCGAAACAACCAACGUAAAAGCGAUCUUUACCAAGCGUGAAUCUGAAAUAAUGAAGCUGAUCGCCAUUGGACAAACUUCCGAACUUAUUGCUAAACAGCUGCAGGUCUCGCUGAGGACUAUUGAAAACAUCAAACUUAAUUUAUUUAAGAAAAUGGAGUUAACCGUCCUUCUGACAUCAAGUACCCCUAUGAAUUCAGAUUUGACUAUUCCUGGGCAAACCAUCAGCAACAGGAUGAUGAAACGGAUAA